UCCUAGACAAGGUGCAGGUUAGCCUGGCCCGAGACCUGCUUCCCAGGCUACGCUGUGGGGGUGUGAUCCCUGGGUUUAUGCGCUGUCAGGGAGACUGGAUCUGGGGCACCCAGAUGUCAUCCUUCCACUCCCACCCGCCACUGAGACUGCGAGGUGAGGGAUCGGAGCCGUCCUCCACAGGAACUCCUGAGUUGGGGAGGACGGGAGUCUCGGGUAAUAGUCUCAGGAGAGUUUACUCAACAGGACCUGUGUUCAUGCAGGAGCAUUGCCUUGCGGGGGAAAACAUACAAAAUUGUCCCAUUGAAGGGACCAACAAAGACCAGGAGACUGGGGCCAACCGUGAAGUUUGGAGCCCUGGUGUGCCAAGGCUUGUGUGUGUAUUGCACUCUGAAAAUAGACUUCGUCAGGGGGAUUAUUCUGGAGCGUGGGAAAUGGCUCCCGGGCUCCUGACAACCAGGGACAAGGCAUUAAUGGCCUUCCAUGAUGUGGCUGUGGCCUUCAGCCAGAUGGAGUGGGAGCUGUUGAGUCCAGCUCAGAGGACCCUGUACAGGGAGGUGAUGCUGGAGAACUACAGCCACCUGGUGGCCCUGGGAAUUGUGUUUUCUAAACCGAAACUCAUCACACAGCUGGAGCAAGGGGCGGAACCCUGGAGAGAUGGCAGUGGUUGCCUUUUGGACCUUUGUCUGGAACCCAGGAUGGAAUCAGAGGCCCAUGUCCCCUGCCCGAUACCCUUUGCCAGUCCGGAAGUCCUCCGAGCGUGUGUGCCGAGCGGACAGCCCCCUCACGCCUGCCCAGGCCCACCGGCAGGCAGCAGGCUGCAGUCGGAAGCUCCGGGCUGCCCCCGCGGCGGAGGCGGCGAGGAGGCAGACAGCGGCGACGCCCUCCCGCAGAGGGCGAGCCCCAGCCCGUGCCGGGGCCACGCAGCCUGCUGGGCGGAGGGCAGCGGGACGGACCCCGGCCUGGCGCGGGCAGGGCUCCCCGACAGGGCGGGCGCGGUGUGGCGCGGACCCGGGGAGUCCCAGCCCGGAGCGCUCCUCCACGGAGCUUUCCCGCUGGCCCCGGCCUAUCCUGACUUCGGACGGGGCUUCUGCCAGGGGUCGGAGGUCACGCCGCUGCAGCCGCUGCCCGGGGCGGAGAAGCCUUACUCGUGCUCCGAGUGCGGGCACCAGUUCGCCCACAAGGCCUCGCUCACCGUGCACCAGCGGAAGCACUCGGGGGAGAAGCCGCACGUGUGCGAGCAGUGCGGGCGGGGCUUCAUGUACGUGUCGUCGCUCAACAGCCACAAGAAGGUCGUCCACUCCGGGGAGCGGCCGCUGGCGUGCGCCGAGUGCGGCCGCGGCUUCCGCCAGCAGAUCGACCUCCUGCUCCACCAGCGCACCCACCUGGCCCAGAAGCCCUUCGCCUGCCCCGAGUGCGGCCGCGGCUUCUGCCGGAAGGCCUCGCUCAUCCAGCACCGCUGGAGCGCGCACUCGGGCGAGAACCCCUUCCUGUGCCCCGUGUGCGGCCGCGGCUUCCGGCUGCUGUCCAGGCUCCUCACCCACCAGGUCACGCACUCGGGCGAGAAGCCCUACGCCUGCCCCGACUGCGGGAAGCGCUUCGGCCAGAGGGGCACGCUCAUCCGGCACCGGAAGACGCACACCGGGGAGAAGCCGCACGUGUGCGCCCAGUGCGGCUGGGGCUUCACGCAGAAGGUCAACCUCGUCCGGCACCAGCGGGUCCACGCGGAGGUGAGGCCCUACCUGUGCCCCGAGUGCGGGCGCGCCUUCGAGUUCAAGUCCCUCCUCACCAGGCACCGGAAGACGCACACGGGGGAGAAGCCCUAUGUGUGCGCCCAGUGCGGCCGGGGCUUCAGCCAGAAGUUCAACCUCCUCGGCCACCAGAGGGUGCACGCGGGGGAGCUGCCUUUCCUGUGCCCCGAGUGCGGGCGCGCCUUCCUCAAGAAGGCCACGCUCGUCCGGCACCAGCGGACCCACGCGGGCUGGGAGAAGCCCUACCGGUGCGCAGAGUGCGGGCGCGCCUUCGAGUUCAAGUCCCUCCUCACCAGGCACCAGAAGACGCACACCGGGGAGAAGCCGCACGUGUGCGCCCAGUGCGGCCGGGCGUUCAGCCAGAAGUUCAACCUCAUCGGCCACCAGAAGACGCACACGGGGGAGAAGCCCUACGCGUGUCCGCAGUGCGGCCAGAGUUUCAGGCAGAAGUUCAACCUCCUUCGGCACCAGAGGAUCCACACGGGGGAGAAGCCGUUCCUGUGCGCCGAGUGCGGGCACGCCUUCGGGAAGAAGGUCUCUCUCCUCCGGCACCAGAGGACCCACGGGGAGGAGAAGCCUUACCAGUGCCCGGAGUGCGGGCGCGCCUUUGAGUUCAAGUCCCUCCUCCUCAGACACCAGAAGACGCACACGGGGGAGAAGCCCUACGUGUGCGCCCAGUGUGGCAAGGCGUUCAGUCAGAAGUUCAACCUCAUCGGGCACCAGAGGAGCCACACGGGGGAGAAGCCCUACCCGUGCCCCCAGUGCGGGCGCGCCUUUGGUUUUAAGUCACUUCUCACCAGGCACCAGAGGACACACUCCAAGUAGGAGCCUCCUGUGGACAUCCUGUGAGGUUAGGGGCUGCAUGGGGUGUCACCUCUGGCUAGAGGACUCAGGCCAGUCUGUAGGGAAGCCAUUCGGUUUGGUUUUAACUCUGCCCUCUUUAGCCGUACUCUGGGAAGAAGUCCUCGGUGUGCAGGGAUUGUGGGGGUGGCGUUAGCCGGAAGUUUGACCUCCGCAGACAUCAACUCCGAGCAGGAGAAGUGUUUGGCUGGCCUGUUGUCUUCCUUUCCCCAGGAGCGUAAGGCUGGCAGAAAUCACUAGUGACUGUUCCACUUUCCUGAAAUGGAGUAGGGGGAAUAUCCUUGCUUGUUCAUGAAAUCAUUGGUUUAUGGUUUACUUUCUUCAGUUAGCAGUAUGUGUUAGUUUUCUAAGGCUCCCUAACAAAGUACUGCAAAACAAAACAAACAGAAACUUACUUUGUCACAUUACGUGGAGCCUGGGAGUCAUUUGUCAGGCUGGCUCAGGUGUGGCCCCACACCUCUCCACAGCUGUUGGAUGCCUUCCUGCUUCGCCAUACUGGCACAGGACCCUCUCUCCUGUACAAGCUUUUCUGGUGCAGGACCAGAUGACCUUCUCUAACUUUAGUUACUUUUUAAAUGUAAUUUUAAAGAUCUAAUCACUUUUUGCUCAAUAAUUCCCUGAACUUAUCUCUGCCCUCAUGUUUUGUUAGUUGCAGCAAGAGCAAGUAAGGCCACACUUUGAUAAUCUGUAGGGCUUUCAUCUGAGUAUUUUGUACUUACAGUUCUUAAAAUACCCCCUUUUGGGGCCAUCAAGAUGGCUCAGCAGAUAAAGGCAUGUGGCACAGAAGCCUGGGGACCUGAGUUUGAUCCCUGGAAUCUGCACAGAAGGAGAGAACCAGCUCCACAGUUACCCUCUGACCUCCAGACACACUGUGGCCUGUGUACUCGCUAGUGACGAUAAACACUCCAUCCUGUGAUACGCGAGCACUCAAUUCAGCCAAGUUCCUUGCCGCUGUAUAGCAAGGGUACUGUACCCAGUCUUUUUCCACCCGUCAUCCUCCCCCAGCCCCUGUCAGCAGCUGGGAAAGAAGGCUAGAGGGAAGGAGGGAGGAAGGAAGAGAGAGAUCCGUUUCUAAUCUGUUUUUUUCUUUGAGUACGACUGCUAACGAACUACAACCACCUCCACCUAGCUUCGCCCUAGCAUUUAUGUACCCUCUGAAAAAGUCCCAGAAUCCCUCAUGUCAAACAAUGGAAGAAUGUACCUGCAGCUGGCAAAACCACGCUUCUGCUAGAGCACGAGGCGAAUGAUAGUCACCUGCUGGGGGCAGCUCCUGUCAGCACGCCUGGGAUGCAAACAAAAACAUUUUUAGAACAUUUCCGUGUUUUUAAAAAGAAACUGAAAUUUUAGAAUUCUCACUGUAGGAUACCGGUUUUUAAGUCCGGUGUAUCUGAUGCCUGUCUGAGACCUUGUCAGAAUUACUUCACACAUGCGCCUCAAACGGAGUCUAGCCUCCACAUACAUAAUUCCAAGCAUGAACACAUUUUUAGGUUUGUUAUGACAAUAUCUCACUCUUGGUUCUAAAAUCCGUAUUAGCUAGGGUUACCAUAGCACUUUCCCCAUUCCUUCUCUUUCCCCAUUCUUGCCCCCAACCCCAUCCCUUCCUACCUUCAUUUUUUUGAGACAGGGUCUCAUGUAGCCCAGGAAGGCCCUGAGCUGACCAUGUAGCCAAGACUGGCGUCAAACCCCACUCUUACCUUCCUCCCCAAUGCUGGGUUUACACGUCUGUGCAACAAUGCCCGACCUUUCCAGUCUUACAAAGACACUUCAUAUUAGAUUAGGCCCAGACCUUACACAUUUCUGGACCUCUUUAAAUGUUCUACCUCCAAACACAAUCACAUCAUCGCAGCUUUAACACAUGAACCGAGCUUGGAGUGGGACAUGGUUCAACACAACAGUAUUCUCCCUCCGUUCCCAAAGUUGUGACUAGCCAUCAGCUCCGGCCAUGAGAUGUUCUUGACCAUUCCCUUCCUCCACCGUGGUAAAGAUGUCAGGAACCACUAGUAAAUGCUCUGCUUUUCUGAUGGGGAGGGAGGAGAGUUGCAUUUCCUCACCCAUCACGAGGUACUCGAUGUGUGCUUUUUUCAUGGCAGCCCUCUGUACUUCAUACUCUUUAAAUAAACUGGUUCUCUGAAAAGCUGCUCACCCAGCUAUAGACCACACUGUGAUCUACUGUGGAGUAUUCUCGGGCAUUGAACUUCUUGGGAGCCGUGGAGCAUUUACACUGCACAUUCAUUCUGGGUCCUUCCUCUUUAAAGUGAGUAAUGUCUUGAACCUCACUUUCUUGAAAGGUUCUCCAGUGUGACUGUCCUGGAACUCACUACAUGGACCAUGCUGGCCUCAAAUUUGGAGAUUUGCCUGUCUCUGACGCCCUAGUAUUGGGAUUAAGGGCCUGUGCCACCACUGCCCAGCCAGGCAUUUGUUUUUAUCCUGUGUGCACUCCGAAGGCUCGUCUCAUUUAGCUGUGCCCUCAUGCCAGUGUCCAGCCUGAGGAGUCACACCCUUCAGUCACAAACUUCCUUAGUCCUCCAGCCAGGAGUGAAGCGUCCGAGGCCACCCACCUUUUACAUCUAGCCCCAGGCAAUACUUCUCAAGUCCCUUUUCUCUAAUCUUCAGAGUCAAAGGUCCUUAAUCCUGAAAAGUACACACUCUAGGUUUGGCCCCAGCCUGGUCCCCAUGACGUCACAUUCACCAUAGGAUCGGUCAGGACUUGGAAGGUUUCCUGGCUCAGGUGAGGUUUCCCCAGAAUGAAACCAAACGAUUUCAGUGUGGAAGAGUCAGAGCCUGGGGAGGAUGGAUGGAAGAAUGGUAAAUGGGUAUCACUGGCCCUGCCAUGCACCUGGGGAUGUCCAGGCUUGCUUGGUAUCCUGGCCAGCCUGACGGGGGUGGGGGGGGGCUAGGAAUAUUUGGGGAUGGGACCUUACUUCUGAGCCUCUUUGCCUAAUCUUCUCAAGUGGCCUGGACUGAGAGUGACAUGUGUAUGUGGUGUGGAAUCGGCUCACAUCAAAAGUUUUAAAAAUUUCAUUUUCGAAGUGGACACCAACAUAUGUAUCUACCAUUUACCUCAGUAGUUUGAUCAAAUCUACCUCUUGUUCCCUUUCAUCUAAUUCCUCCUCUCUCCAGCAAGCUUUUCCUUUCCAACUUUAUGUGCUUUCUGUCUUAAAAGAAAAUUUAAUAACCAUGGUUCUAGUUGCUUUUCUGUUGCUGUGAUAAAACACCACAACCAGAGGGAACCUAAGCACGAGAGAGUUCAUGUUGAGUGACGUCUCCAGAGGGAUGAAGAGUCUGUGAUGGUGGCCUGGAGGCUUGCUAAUGAGGCAGGCAUGGCGGCUGGGCGGGAUGCCGAGGGCUCGUGCUUUGCUGUUAGCUCGGGGUGUAGAGCACAGCACUCUUAAAAGCUCACCCCAGGAACAUGCUUCCUCCAGCAAGGCUGAACCUCCCAACUGUCCCCAAACAGCACUGCCAAGUGGGGACCCAGUGUUCAAACUCCCGAGAGUCUGGGGUACAGCUUCUCGUUCAAAUCACCACACCACUUCCCCAGCCAUGCUAGGGAGUUUAGGCUGGGUCAUGUUCAAAGUCUUGUGCAUCCAGUUGCAUGGCUGAGCGUUCACGUGUGCAGCUGUACUGUCCUGUCUGGCACAAACACUGUUUUGCUCCAGAGCCUCCCUCUGGCUCUUAUAAUCUCUCUGCCCCUCCCCCAACCCCUUUUUGUGGGCCUUUAUAUUAAUUUCCAGCUACGGCAAAAAGAAGAUUCUCAGAUGAGGGUUGAGAAGUGCGCAAAUACGUAGGUGUAAAAAUAAGAAAUCUGGGGCUAAAAGUUUAUUACUCAGCAGUCUAACAGUAUAGUGGGUUCUGCCACAGGGCCAAUGACUUAGCCAAUGGAGUAUUUUUGGCACCCAUCACGGGCUCCAUCUGUGGAGCGGGCUUCACAGCCAAGGAGAAAGUAGCCGGUUACUUCCGUAACAUUCAUGCCACAGUUGCAUGACUGAGCGUGUCUUGCUGGGUCAGUCAUUGUGGUAGCUUGCGGGGCUCACACCUAGGUAAGAUGGUUGAUGAUUUUUUUUCUCCCCCGAUCGUGUGCAUAGAACUUUCUAGCAUGCUGAAAGCUCUCCAGGAGGGAUGGAAUUUUCACACUGUUACCAGCUUCAUUUCUCCAUGUCCCGUGACACAGGCAGAUAGUGGUUCGAGCAAUAGUAUUUUACUAUCAAGUUCUGAAUAGCUCAGAACAAUGGCACUUGCCAUAACCUUUUUGAGGGAGUGGUGUCUAACCCUCAUUGACCAACAACUUCAGGUAAGCCAUACCUGGCACUAAACUUUUUGAUAGCCAGUGGUAUGUGGGAGAGGCAUUGUCACCUGUUAGAGGGUGACUCCCUUUGCUCCCCUCCCCUUUAUAUAUGCCUGUGUAUAUGCCUCAGGAAGCUUCUGAAGUACAAGUUUCCGUGUGGCACUCUCAGAAGUCUUUCGUAUUAGUUAUCCUUCAUCAAACUCCCUUAUCUACACAUCCACACAGCUCUGUUUUUCCAAGAUUUAUUUGUGUGUGUGUGUGUGUGUGUGUGUGUGUGUGUGUGUGUGUGCGUGCGUGUGCAGAUGCCUGUGGAGGCCUCAAGAGGGCAUUGGAUCCCCUGAAGUGGAGUUAAAAAUGCAAGGGUUUUGUUUUUCUUCUUUUUUGUUUUG